UCACAUUUCAUAACCAACUUGAAGCAUAAACACAACAGCUUAACUAACUCAUAUUUCCUAGAGCUUUUCAAGAAUUCAAUAUGAUGAAGGCAUCUCAAUACGAAGCUGUUGAAUCAUCCAAGCUCUCGCCUCCUCCUCGGAGUAACAGAGGCAUUUCCAUAUUAGACCUCAUUUUCCGAGGUAUUGCACUGUGUGCAACUUUAGCAGCUGCAGUGGCCAUGGCCACAAGUGAACAACAACUCCCAUUUUUCACACGGUUCUUGAAAUUCGAUGCUCAGUAUGAUGAUUUUCCAACUUUCUCGUUCUUUGUGCUGGUAAACGCGCUAGCCUGCGGAUAUUUUGCUUUCUCUAUUCCUCUGUCAAUCUUGAACAUUGCCAGAAAAGGAGCUCAGAGAAGCAGAACCAUCUUGAUUAUCUUGGAUUCUGUAAUGCUGGGACUACUUACUUCUGCAGCUUCUGCAACAGCAUCCAUUUUGUACUUGGCGCAUUCAGGAAGUGGUUCGGCUAACUGGCUUGCAGUUUGCCAACAAUUUAACGACUUCUGCCACCAAGCCUCUGGAUCAUUGAUCGGUUCUUUUGGCGCAGUGGUCAUUCUUAUCCUGCUCAUAAUUAUUCAAGGCACAGCAUUAGCGCGACGACACUAGUACCUUCUUCUGCAGAUUAUACACAUAAUGUGUGUUUUAAGGCAGGUUCAGAGUUACCAAUUGUUGUGACAACCAUGUUACCUGAGUGUGUGCUUAUUUGUUUCAAGUUGUUAUGUUUGUAAUUGUGCAUUAUGUUUCAGUAGCUGUUGUUUUUCGAUUCCUGGACAAGUUAUCAGACUGUGUUAUUGUAAUUUGUAAAGUGUAUCCACUGUUUUAUUGAACUGUGAUUGAAGCUCAAA